AUGAAUUUCCUUCGGAGACGCCUAUCCGACAGCAGCUUCGUGGCCAACCUACCCAAUGGCUACAUGACGGACCUCCAACGCCCAGACAGCUCCACCAGCUCCCCUGCCUCCCCGGCCAUGGAGAGGAGGGCCCAGCCGCUGGCUGCCUCCUUCUCCUCCCCAGGAUCCAGCCUUUUCAGCUCCUUCUCCAGUGCAAUGAAGUCGACCCCACCGGCCCCCUCGGGGCUGAUGGAGCCUCCAGCUCCCCCGACCCCUGUGGUCCAAAGGCCCAGGGUCCUCCUGGUGAUCGAUGAUGCCCACACAGACUGGGCCAAAUACUUUCAUGGAAAAAGAGUGAAUGGAGAGGUUGAGAUCCGAGUGGAACAGGCUGAAUUCUCAGAGCUGAACCUAGCUGCCUAUGUCACUGGGGGCUGUAUGGUGGACAUGCAAGUUGUGAGAAAUGGGACCAAGGUUGUGAGUAGGUCCUUCAAGCCAGACUUCAUCUUGGUGCGCCAGCAUGCCUACAGCAUGGCCCUGGGGGAAGACUACCGCAGCCUGGUCAUCGGCCUCCAGUAUGGAGGGCUGCCCUCUGUCAACUCCCUCUACUCCGUCUACAACUUCUGCAGCAAGCCCUGGGUGUUCUCUCAGCUUAUUAAGAUCUUCCAUUCCCUGGGCCCUGAGAAGUUCCCACUUGUGGAGCAAACGUUCUUCCCCAACCAUAAGCCAAUGCUCACAGCCCCACACUUCCCCGUCGUGGUCAAGCUGGGACAUGCCCACGCUGGAAUGGGAAAGAUCAAAGUGGAAAACCAGCACGACUAUCAGGACAUCACCAGCGUGAUAGCCAUGGCCAAAACCUAUGCCACCACCGAGGCCUUCAUCGACUCCAAGUAUGACAUCCGCAUCCAGAAGAUUGGCUCCAACUACAAGGCUUACAUGAGAACCUCGAUCUCUGGGAACUGGAAGGCCAAUACAGGCUCUGCUAUGUUGGAACAGGUGGCCAUGACAGAAAGGUACAAGCUGUGGGUGGACAGCUGCUCAGAAAUGUUUGGGGGCCUGGACAUCUGUGCUGUCAAAGCGGUGCACAGCAAAGACGGCAGGGACUACAUCAUUGAGGUGAUGGACAGCUCGAUGCCCCUGAUCGGAGAGCACGUGGAAGAGGACAGACAGCUGAUGGCCGACCUGGUGGUUUUCAAGAUGAGCCAGCUGCUGGUGCCAGGGGGCACCGUGCCCUCCCCCCUGAGACCCUGGGCCCCACCGAUGAAGCCAGCAAAAUCCCCAGGACAAGCUCAGCUGGUGCCUCAGCUAGGCCAGCCCCAGCCACGCCCGCCCACCCAAGGAGGCCCCCGCCAAGCUCAGUCUUCUCAGCCGCCGAGGUCUGGAAGCCCUUCACAGCAGAGGCUCUCCCCGCAAGGCCAGCAGCCUGUCAGCCCCCAGUCUGCAUCUCCACAACAGCAGAGGUCACCAGGUUCUCCGCAGCUGGCCCGGGCCUCUGGUGGCAGCUCACCAAAUCAGGCCUCCAAGCCGGCACUCACCUCCCAGCCCCGGCCCCCUAUUCAGGGCCGCAGCAGCUCCCAACAGGGCGAAGAGUCCCAGAAGUCAGUACCACCCCACCCCCAUCUCAACAAAUCGCAAUCCCUGACUAACAGCCUCAGCACAUCAGAUACAUCCCAACGCGGGACACCAAGUGAAGACGAAGCCAAGGCCGAAACCAUCCGCAACUUGAGGAAGUCCUUCGCCAGCCUGUUCUCUGACUAA